ACCUCGACACCCAGCAAGGAAGUACCGAAAGUACCCUUCUCUCUCCUCUGGGCUCUGUUCUCCACCCAAAUCCAGCCAAAACCCCUCCCCCCCCUCCUUUCGGUUCGGCGAUCGGCGGCGGCGGCGAUGAGCGCGGUGAACUUAACGAACGUGGCGGUGCUGAACAACCCCACCUCUUUCGUCAACCCUUUCCAGUUCGAGAUCUCGUACGAGUGCCUCGUCGCCCUCGAGGACGAUCUGGAGUGGAAGCUUAUAUAUGUUGGAUCGGCUGAAGAUGAGAACUAUGAUCAGCAACUUGAGAGUGUGCUUGUUGGCCCUGUGAAUGUUGGGACAUACCGUUUUGUUCUGGAGGCCGACCCCCCUGAUCCCUCAAAGAUCCGCGAGGAGGACAUAAUCGGUGUCACGGUGCUUUUGUUGACCUGUUCAUACAUGGGGCAGGAGUUCAUCAGAGUAGGCUACUACGUGAACAAUGAUUAUGAUGAUGAGCAACUUAGGGAAGAACCCCCGGCGAAGCUGCUGAUUGACCGGGUGCAGAGAAAUAUUUUGACCGACAAGCCCCGGGUCACCAAGUUCCCCAUCAAUUUCCAUCCUGAAACAAGCGGAGGACAGCAGCAAGAUCAACCACAAUCAGCUGUACCUGAAAACCCUACAGGCGAAGGGAGCAAGGCCAGCACAGAUCUUUGACCGGGUCUGAAAACUUGGGAAUGCCAAAAUUUUGAUCUGCAUGCCUUCUAGGUGAGAUUGCAAUAUCAGAUGGCUUCCUGGGAUGCUGCUGCUACCUGAACCGUCUGUUCUGGUGCGCCACUAAACUAGACUAUAACCAAAAACUCACAUUGGUUAGCCAUGUGCCUGUAGUGGGUAGGCUCUGACACACUGCGUCCUUUUGCUAGUGAUGAACUGUAAGCUGGAUGUUCAUCCAGUAGUGUUCCUGUGCAACCGUGGUUGUCUUGUCUCUUGGAUUAUGCCUGCAAUCGCAAGGGUUCGUUAGAUGA